AUGGCCGUAGUCAACCCUCUUUCAGCUGCUUCUUUAUUCUCCCUAAAAGAUUGGGUUGUUCUCGUGACCGGCGGUGGUACAGGAAUGGGUUUGAUGUUAACCCAGACUUUGGCCACCAAUGGAUGCAAAGUCUACAUCACCGGCCGCCGCGUUGAGGUUCUGGAAACAACCGCCCGCAUCCAUGGGUCCCCUGGCAAGCUCGGACCGCAAGGCGGAAGUAUUGUCCCGAUUGUCAUGGAUGUAACGUCCAAGGAGAGCAUCAAGGGGGUCGUGGAUCACAUCACGAAGACUGAGGGCUAUCUUAAUCUGCUCGUAAACAAUGCCGGCGUUUGGACCACGAGACCAAGUGUAGAUCCGGAGGCUGGACCAGAGGCAUUCGGGAAGGCUAUGUUUGAUGAGAGCAUCGACGCUUGGCAGAAGGCCUUCCUCACAAAUGCCACAUCGCUUUACUUCGUGACGGCGGCGUUCCUGCCGCUUCUCGCCAAAUCAGUUUCCAGCCCCACCGGCAAGAUGGGCAGCGUGAUUAACAACACGUCUAUUAGCGGUUUCCUUAGGAUGUCCCAGAAUUCUCAGUUAGCGUACAAUGCGAGUAAGGCUGCUGCUGUGCAUAUAACCCGGCAGCUGGCCUAUGAUUUGAGUCAUAAGAACAUCAAGGUCCGUGUCAACGGUAUCGCUCCUGGAUGGUUCCCCUCUGAGAUGACGACGGGUGGUUCCGAUGAUAAUAACGAGAGCACACCGCAGGAAGACGCACCGUUCCAGCAGUGGAUGGAGCACAUAGGGGCGAGGGUGCCCCCUGGACGCAUGGGCAACGUGAAAGACUUGGCAACCUCUCUUCUUACUCUUGCCACCAACGAGUACAUGUGGGGGACGAUAUUCAUUAUCGACGGUGGAAUCGCCCAAAGCAUGGCAGGUAACAUGUAA